AUGACUGCGCCCCCGCCGGAAUGCGGCAUGGAGAAAAAACGUCUAUUGGCGGAACUCCUGGCGGCCCGCAUGGGCGACCGUCUCGUGGAUGUGUCGCGUGCCGUCCACGCAACUUUUUUUAGUGCCGCACACGAGAAGAUAUGCGGCGCGGCUCCAAAAACCGGUCGCGUGUUUCUUACGAGCGCGGCGGUGGCACGCCGCGGGAAUUUAACGAAAAACAUGAUUUUCCACGGCGAGCGGCAGGCCGUCGUCGCCGCAUCACCGACGGAAGGAACGGACUUGGGGGACGGGGGCAAACUCGAUGCGGAGGAAAAUCGGUGGAUUCGUGGGGUUCUUAUCGUGUCGGGGAGUAUUCCGCCACCCCCGGAAUCGACGUUUUUGGACCGUUGUGGCAACGGCCUCACCUUCUCCUUUGGAAUGCACGAAACGUCCCCGCGGUUGUUGGUGCGUGUUGUGGGCGUACCGCUUCCCCUGUUCCUUCCGCCGGGCCCCAACGCCGACUGCGCCACAAAGAAAGCGGUGCGAGAGACGAGGCAGGAGAAAUACCGGCAAUUAAUAUUGGAGUCGGAGCACCGCUUCCUGCGGGGUUUAGAGGCGUGUUUGCUGUGGCUGCUGCGUUGUCGACGUUAUGAGAAGAUGCAGAAACUUCUUCCACCAUGGCAGUCGAGUGAAAAACACGAGAGCCAAAUAAGUGGCGAUAGAACAGGUCAUGCAUCAUCGUUUCUGUCGUCAUUCUUCCAUGAGGAACCGGCGACCCUUUCGGUUCCGUUGUAUUACCUUCCUAUGCACAUUGAUGACAAUGUCACAUCGCGUCUUGCGGAUGUCAUUGAUGUUGCAACCGCAUUCAUGGAUUGGAUUGUGGACGCGGAUAUGUCUCUUGUGAAGGAAUCGACAGCUCUCUUGCAGGAACUGGUGCGACUUUCCCGCCUGAUGGAACGCGGUGCCGAGUACGACAAUGAUUAUAGCAAGAGGAACAACAACAACAAGCAACAGAAUACAGACGAGUUUCUUUAUUUAUUGCAUCGUCAUGUUGCGUCGUUGUUGGAAGCGACACAUCAAUACAGGUCUCAUGUAAACAAGGAAAAUAAUAACACUAAUACCACUAUUCAUAACAAUGGUAGGGCAUUUACACUUCCGAUUGUGUGCUACGAUGACGAGUACAGUAUGCCCCUCUCGGAGUUGGUUUUAGAUGACUCGCUCAUUGAUCUCUUGCCUCAGCCACGUGCCUCUGAUGACGAUUAUGACAGCAACAGUAGCAAUGCCUUCUCUUCUAUAGAGACUAUCCACGACUUCAGGGAGCCACAGGGACAAGUAACACUGGCAAAAGACGAAUAUGGCGUCGUAUGCACUGCACACUCUUUACCUGGAGUUUUGGUUCAUUGCAUGAAGGGCGUGUCGCGUAGUCCCAGUGUUAUCAUGGCGUACUACAUGCAAAAGUGUUGUCGGCAAUUCUACACACUCUCUUUUACUCCUCGCCAUACGAUAUUGGAAGAGACAAUUGCAUCAAAUAUUGAAGAUGACAUUGAAGAUGCGUACAUCUUUUCUUUUCGCCAGCUUUUACGGUGCUUGCAGGAAGCGCGUCCUGUUGUCAAUCCACAAGUCUGUUUCCUUGCCGAGCUGAGGGCCAUGUGGACACGUCUCUCAAGAGAUAUGGCCGAUAAAGAAGCUGAGGAACUCCUGUGA